UUCGAAGGCUGUAUAAAAUCUGGCUGCCGCGACGCAGCAUCACUUGUUGGAGAAGAUCAGAAGGUUUUGGCCGCAUUUUUCACGUUAAAUCAACGAAACAAACCAAGAUGCCUGAAGAAAUGCGCCAAGAGGAGGAGGCUGAGACCUUUGCCUUCCAGGCAGAGAUCGCCCAGCUGAUGUCCCUAAUCAUCAACACCUUCUAUUCCAACAAAGAGAUCUUCCUCAGGGAGCUUAUUUCCAACGCUUCCGAUGCUCUUGACAAAAUCAGAUAUGAAAGUCUGACUGAUCCAUCUAAACUAGACAGUGGAAAAGACCUGAAGAUCGAUAUCAUCCCCAACAAGCAUGAGCGCACCCUGACCCUCGUGGACACUGGAAUCGGCAUGACCAAGGCAGAUCUCAUCAAUAACCUUGGUACCAUUGCAAAGUCAGGGACCAAGGCCUUCAUGGAGGCACUUCAGGCUGGUGCAGAUAUCUCCAUGAUUGGGCAGUUUGGUGUGGGUUUCUACUCUGCCUACCUGGUGGCUGAGAAAGUGGUGGUGAUUACCAAACACAAUGAUGAUGAGCAGUAUGCCUGGGAGUCCUCUGCUGGUGGCUCUUUCACUGUCAAAGUUGACCAUGGUGAGCCCAUUGGUCGUGGAACCAAAGUAAUCCUUCACCUCAAGGAAGAUCAGACUGAAUACAUUGAGGAAAAACGAGUAAAGGAGGUGGUCAAGAAGCACUCUCAAUUCAUUGGGUACCCAAUCACCCUCUUUGUGGAGAAGGAGCGAGACAAGGAGAUCAGUGAUGAUGAGGCUGAGGAGGAAAAGGCAGAGAAGGAAGAGAAGGAAGAGAAAGAGGAGGGAGAGGACAAGCCCAAGAUUGAGGAUGUUGGUUCAGAUGACGAGGAAGACUCCAAAGAUAAGGACAAGAAGAAAAAGAAGAAAAUCAAGGAGAAGUACAUUGACCAGGAGGAGCUGAACAAGACCAAGCCAAUCUGGACCCGGAAUCCUGAUGACAUCACCAACGAGGAGUAUGGAGAGUUUUACAAGAGCCUGACCAACGACUGGGAGGACCACCUUGCAGUAAAGCACUUCUCUGUUGAGGGUCAGCUGGAGUUCCGUGCCCUCCUCUUCAUCCCCCGCCGUGCUCCCUUUGACCUUUUUGAGAACAAGAAAAAGAAGAAUAACAUCAAGCUCUAUGUGAGGAGGGUCUUCAUCAUGGACAGCUGUGAAGAGCUCAUCCCAGAGUACCUGAACUUCAUCCGUGGUGUUGUGGACUCUGAGGAUCUUCCUCUAAACAUCUCCAGAGAGAUGCUGCAGCAGAGCAAGAUCCUGAAGGUGAUCCGCAAGAACAUCGUCAAAAAGUGCCUGGAGCUGUUUGCUGAGCUGGCUGAGGACAAGGACAACUACAAGAAGUUCUAUGAAGCAUUCUCCAAGAACCUCAAACUUGGCAUCCAUGAGGACGCUCAGAACCGCAAGAAGCUGUCAGAGCUGCUGCGCUAUCACAGCUCCCAGUCAGGAGACGAGAUGACCUCCCUUUCGGAGUACGUCAGCCGCAUGAAGGAAAACCAGAAGUCCAUCUACUACAUCACGGGUGAGAGCAAAGACCAGGUGGCCAACUCUGCCUUUGUGGAGCGUGUGCGUAAGCGUGGCUUUGAGGUGCUGUACAUGACAGAGCCCAUUGAUGAGUACUGUGUCCAGCAGCUGAAGGAAUUUGAUGGCAAGACACUUGUCUCAGUCACCAAGGAAGGCCUGGAGCUGCCCGAAGAUGAGGAGGAGAAAAAGAAGAUGGAGGAGGACAAGGCAAAGUUUGAAAACCUCUGCAAGCUGAUGAAGGAGAUUCUGGACAAGAAGGUUGAGAAGGUUACUGUCUCCAACAGACUGGUGUCCUCACCCUGCUGCAUUGUGACCAGCACAUAUGGCUGGACAGCCAACAUGGAGAGGAUCAUGAAGGCACAGGCUUUGAGGGACAACUCUACCAUGGGCUACAUGAUGGCCAAGAAGCACCUGGAGAUCAACCCUGACCAUCCCAUCAUGGAGACCCUGAGGCAGAAGGCUGAAGCUGACAAGAAUGACAAAGCAGUGAAGGAUCUUGUGAUCCUGCUGUUCGAGACAGCUCUGCUGUCCUCCGGAUUCUCUCUGGAUGAUCCUCAGACGCACUCCAACCGCAUCUACAGGAUGAUUAAGCUGGGUCUCGGUAUUGAUGAUGAUGACAUUCCAACAGAGGAGCCCAGCUCAGCCCCUGCUCCAGAGGAGAUCCCACCACUAGAGGGCGAUGAUGAUGCCUCUCGCAUGGAGGAAGUGGACUAAACCCCACCUCAGACACCUUUAGCCUCACUUUUGUAAUGCUAUUCACCUUUGCCCCACUCAAGGGCAAACUGUUCAGAGCCCAUAAUGGUUUU